AGACUACUCCGCACAUACAUCAUUCAACACUCACCCCAGCAUCACUCGACUCGAGGCUGAUUUAAACCCUGGUCUCUCCAAAAAGAUAGACCAGAAAUCAGAAUGGCUGUCAACGUCUACAGUAAUUACCCGCCCGAGUUGACCUCUGACCAGGAGGACUUUCUGGUGCAAACUGUCAAAAAUUGGUCCGUCGAGCACGCCUUGACUGUACGACCAUCCACAGCCAUUGUGUCGCAAGAAAUCAACACCAACAAUGUGCUCGCCACCAAUGCACCAGUCACAUUGUUCCCCAGUCCUUUCCCUAAAGCUUGCUUCCAACAGGCAAGGUGUCUUCAGCAAGUCUACAAUGAGCUGUAUGCCGCCAUUGCCUCUGAUCAGGAGUGGCUUGAAGCUGUUUUGAAAGAGCUCAUCGAAGUCGACGACUUUCUGGCCAAUCUUUGGAAAAUCCACUUGGCCGUCAAGGAAGAAGGCUAUGUCCAAGACCUGACCCUGGGACUCUUCAGAUCGGAUUACAUGCUCCACACUCCAGAUGAUGCCCCUCCAUCUCUCAAGCAGGUCGAAUUCAACACGAUUUCUUCAUCCUUUGGAGGCCUCUCCGUCAAAGUAGCCCAACUUCACACCCAUCUCGCCACCUACCCAUCCGCCAAACAGCCUGUCGCUUACCCACCACACGCCCUCUUCGCCCGUCCUGACAAAGACAGUUCCAACGGCCCAAGCAUCAACACCAUCGGUCAUCCACCACCAAACUCCGCCGUCUCAACACUGACCGCUGGUCUCGCUGCCGCCCACAACGCAUAUGGCCCGUCCAAAUCCAUUCCUCAGCUCCCUCCCUGUAUACUCUUCUUAGUCCAAGACAACGAACGCAACGUCUUUGACCAAUACGCCUUAUCGACCAAUCUGUACGAAGAGCAUCGAAUCCCUUCCUUCCGCCUCCCCACUAGCAAGAUUCUCACCUCAACGAGCAUCCCAUCCAAAGAAACCAACCCUAACCGCCCUCUCAUCUACACCCCUCCAUCAUCACCAGAAACCCAAUACGAAGUCACGGUCGUCUACUUCCGUGCCUUGUAUGCCCCGUCAGAAUACGAUUUACCCACGUCAUGGGCAGCACGACUACAUUUAGAACGGUCCGCCGCCAUAAAAUGCCCGACCGUCCUACUUCAAUUAUCUGGAUCCAAGAAAAUCCAACAAGUCCUGACCUCCCUCCCACCAGAGGCCGACCACCUCCAACACUUCUUACCUGGACAUGACGCCUCGAUACUAUCCAAUCUACGCAGUACAUUUGCACCACAAUACUCACUGUCAUCUGAAGGCACUGCCAGCGACAGCGACGAAAUCCAAGGCGUGAGACUGGCUCUUUCACCAACAACAGCACAACACCAUGUUCUCAAGCCUCAACGCGAAGGCGGCGGCAAUAAUAUCUACCGAACCAAUAUUCCACCGUUUCUUGCCUCGAUCCCACGAUCACAAUGGAAACAGUAUAUUCUGAUGGAAUUGAUUCAACCCCCGACUUCGGCCAAGAACGUAGCCUUGAGGAGUGACGGGCAGGUCGUGCGUGGAAAUGUCAUUUCCGAAUUGGGAAUCUUCGGCACUGCAUUGUGGAAGACCUCCACGGGCAGCUCUAAACCAGAUAUCCUUCAUAACACUGAAGGUGGUUAUUUGUUGAGGACGAAGGCAAAUGACAGCGAUGAGGGUGGUGUUGCUGCGGGAUUUAGUUCUUUGGACAGUUUGAUCUUGUAUGAGGAUUUAUAAAUGUAGAUCCCAUUGCAUAUAUUGACAACGUUGAACCCGUAUCAAGUGGCAGGGCCCAUGUUUCUGGACAUUUUUGU